AUGUUUGAUGGGUCUUCGAUAGAUUAUGAAAUCACACACACGGCCAAGAACAAUGAAGAACAGUUUUUAUCGAUGAGUAACAUGUUUCAUGUGACGCAAUCUGGAACUGUUGGGGAGGGAAGCCAAGAAGGAUUUCAACAUGUUGUGACUGGUCCAAGACCUUUUCAGGCGGGAUUGGCAGCGCAGUUUCACAGCACGAUCCCAGCAGUGUUUCAAAACGUGAUCCCCACGGAGUUUCACAACAUUCCGGCUACCAAUAUGCAUCAAAAUAAUCCCCCUGGGUGA